AACUGACUGACGGCCCGCUUCCGAUCCGCGGAUCCGCCCUUUCCUCCCGGCUUCCCCUGAUUCCCACCCACUCCGCCGCUCCCCGAGCCUCAUCGGAGAGCCCCGAUCGGACGCCCUCCACUUCUGCAGUAUCGUCGGAGUCGGAUCCGCCUGUUCCCCUCUCGCCGACCCUCCGAGAAAGCGAACAAUGAUGGUGACUGCACAGCCUUUGUCUUGGUCGGACCUCCCUCCUGAGCUCCUAGGCCUUGUCCUCAAGCGCCUCCCAUCCCUAGCUGAUCGUGUUCGACUGAGAGCAGUCUGCCACCCAUGGCUCGCCCUCCUCGAUGGGACAUUCCUGAGCAUACCGGAUGGUGAAAUUAUUGAAAUGCCUGUACCAGAUGAUGCUUGUUGCUGUGGCUCUGUAGACAACUGGCUCUUCCUUGUGCACAGUGAUGCCGACGAUGUGACCAAGGAGGAGCAGUACCGCGAGCCGGAGCCCGAAGACACGUACCUCGAGGAGGAGCUUCCGGAAGGCUUUGAGGACGAGGAGGAUCCGAACUUCGUUCCUGAAGACGUCGAGUAGGUCGCCGUCCUGCACCCAACC